CUUAAUUUAAAUUGUUUUCAUUUUCACAAGUACGGAGGAUGACGCGCUAGGUUCGGACAAAACGGCAGACAGCCAGGUGAAUAUGAUGGUGGGCGGGGUAAUUGCUCUUAUUGGCCUUGUUCUCCUGGUCAUGCUAUGUUCAGAUACCGUGGAACCAGCUGUACCUCCACCGUCAUGGGCAGGGAUUGUACAUAUUGAUAAUUCUAUAAACACUGGAUUUAAUGGCGUCUCGGACGGUAUGAGGAUACUCGAUCCCAACUCAGUGCUUCGGACCCGUAAGGGUGAUUACGAGGCAGACGGUGCACGCUGGGGAGCACCGUUGAAAACAGGAAAGCACAUGUUCGAGAUCUAUUGGCCAAGAAAUACCCGCCGGCUACUGGCAACCGUCGGCGUGGGCACUGAUAUCGCUCCGUUAUUUGUGAAACCAAAAGAGUCGUUGGUUGGUUGCAACAAGCACACGUGGGGUUUAGAUAUCGCCCGUUACAAGUGUUUGCACAGGAAUGAAAUAAUAACGAGUCUCCCUAAGAAUAAAGUAGUUCCGGACACAUUUCGCAUGUACGUAGAUUGUGAAAGUGGAACGCUGGGAUUCGGAAGUGAACAUGUUUACUGGGGAGCUCCCAUCAACAUUCCUCGGUCUGAGUUUCCGGUUUAUCCGAUGGUUGGAACUACACAGCACAACGCCGUGAUUACUAUGAAGUACAAAGGAUCAGCGCUCAAUACAAUGGGAGACACAGGCUACAAUCUUCCAAUGCCAGUACCAAUUCCGGGACCAGUAGUGGGGCCGCUUGUGCCACCAGGACAGGUAGUGGUGCCACCGGCACCAGUUGUGGGACCGCAAGGAGCAGGAGAGAAAGUUCAACCGGGACCUUCGGACAGCUCCGAAACGUACAUUGCUCCUAUGCGCGUUUCUGGUAUAUAACAGUAAUAUAACACUGGUACAUAUGAAUCUCUUCCAAGAUGGCUAAAAAAGAUGCUAAAACCUUGACUGGAUUAAAGACUUUUAAAGCAAAACUUUACGUUCAUAUUAACGUUCAAUAUAAAGUUCAAAUACCACA